AUAUGUGUGUGUGUGUGUUGGCAAUUACUACGUGAAUAAAAUAAGGGAAAAAUAGUAAUCAAAAUAAAAAUAUUUGUUUAUUCUUUUCAUGAAUUUUAGAGAUAUGUUGUAAUUAUAUAAUAGGAGGUUGCGCAAUAGAAAUUAACCAUUACGCCGGAUUUAUUCCCGAAAAGUCAAGUGUUUUCGUAAGAUAUCAAUAUUUUUUACGUGAUAAAUUAAAAUCUUGAUUUACUGGGUGAUAUUUUGAUAACGGUGUUCAUCGAUUUAAACAGAUGAAUCUAUUCGUUAAUCGUGCUGUUACUGUACGAGGAAUAUCAUCUUUAGGUUCUUUUAAUCGAAGCUUUCAUUUAUCAUCCAGAAACAUGGUUAUCGCUGUUGGUAGCAAAUUACCCUCGGUUGACCUUUUCGAAGAUAAUCCAACUAAUAAAGUUAAUCUAGCUAAACUUAGCGCAGGGAAGAAAAUUAUUAUCUUCGCUGUACCUGGUGCUUUCACUCCUGGUUGUUCAAAGACGCAUUUGCCUGGUUUCAUUCAAAAAGCUGAUGAAUUAAAAAGUAAGGGAAUCAAUGAUAUUUAUUGUGUAAGUGUUAACGAUGCUUUCGUCAUGGCUGCCUGGGGUAAAGAACAGGGCACGUUAGGAAAGAUACGAAUGCUAGCAGAUCCCAAUGGUGCAUUUGCAGAUGCUUUGGAAUUGUCAGUAGAUUUACCAGUUUUAGGUGGUAAACGAAGCAAACGUUAUUCCAUGAUUGUCGAAGAUGGAGUUGUAAAAGAACUCAACGUCGAACCGGAUAACACUGGACUUUCCUGCUCGUUAGCUGAACACAUUAAACUAUAAAAUAAUAUGAGAAAAGUAUCUUAUAUUCUAUCAUAAUUAUUUUUAUUAUAGCUUCUUUCAGUUACUAUUUUUCUUAUUAUCAAUUUAGUAUGAACACAAAUGAUCAUUUGUAUUUUCUUUUAUUAUGUACACAAUUUUCUGUACAUUUUGUUAAUAUAUUUAAUAUAAAACAAAGUUAACACAUAAUGAAUAAUGUGAAAAAAAGAUUAACUAAAGUCUUAAGAACUGGUCAGUCAAUGAAUAUAUAUAUAAACAAAUAAUAUAUAUGAUUAAUAUAAUUUAAUUGUAACAUUGUGUUGCAUGUUAUAAUGUAUGGUAGAAAUAAACAGCAUUAUACCAAAAUGAA